AUGAUACCACACGGCGCCGCGGCAGCGCCAGCCCCUCCACGGCCGCCAUCAGGCGAGAGGGCGGUGCGCACGCCGUUCACAUCUCCACCGCCGCCCUCAGUGACCCAAGAGGGCAAACAACUACUAACCACAAGCUCGCUCAACUUUCGGCGCCGCAUCCUCCGACAGUACUCGGUCGCCCCGCCGCCAGAAUACUUUGACUCCGAGCGCCUCGUCUGGCUGCCCCACUUUGCGCGCGACCUCGCCGACCUGGUCCUCUGCCUCGAGGGGUACAGCGGACCGAGCGAUGCGGCGUACCUCGAGUCUGCGAUAAGCAGCUACAUUCAGUGGGCGGCGUUCGUCAAGAAGAUCCAGGUCAACUCGUCCGAACUGGCCGAGGAGCUCGACUUUAUCCGCCGCCUGUUUCCGCGGUUCACAAAGGCGGUCGUCGCCGUCGCGCGCGACCAGGACAUCACCCUCCCGCCGCCAGUGCCAGAGACGAUGGGGUCGCUGUUAAAGCUGCCAGAGCUCGAGGACGCCGUGGCGCUCCAGCUUCCCUGGCGCGGGGCGACGGCGACGCCCGCCAAUAGUCCAAGGCUCGAGCCGCCGCCGCCGCCAACUCCGAGGACGCCGCGGACAGAGACGCCGCCCACGACGCCGGCCGAGUCGACCUUCUCGUCGCCCACGUCGCGCUCGUUCGAGCCCCCUCGCCCAGCUACGCCCCAGCAGCGCCAGGAUCGCCCGUCAACCCCGCAGAGGCCGUACCACCCCCUGCCGCACCCGCCGAUCACGACCAGCCCGCGUGCACUCCCUCCCCACCCCCCGCUCGCGGUGCCCGACAGCGACAGCCCCCGCUCGAUCCCGCCACCGCUCAGCCCGAACCCCAAUAGCCCGAAGCAUAGCCACACGCCCAGCCCCCGGCCGGUGCAGCCUGCUCUCACACCAAGCCCCAGGCCACAGCCACCGGUCCUUGCGCCGAACCCAAGGCCACCUCAGCCGCCGGUGCCGACACCCAGCCCUCGGCCGCCGCAACAGCCGGUACAGGCGCCGAGCCCUAGGCCGCCCCAGCAAGCACCAGCACCAGCACCGGUGCCGAGCCCUUAUCCAUCCCAGAACGCAACCAGCCUCCGCCACAAGACGUCGCACAAUGAACUUGCCCAGCAGCAGCUCCAGCUGUCAUUCCCGAUGCCAAGCACGAAGCAGCCCCAGCUGCAGCAGAAGUCGUCACAGCAUUUCAGAGUCGCCGAGCUUGCACAUCAGCUGGCACCGCCGGCCCAGUGCGCCGAAGACAGGCCACCCACACCGCCACCAAAAGGCAAUCCGCGGUUCAUGGCUGACAGCGAGCCACGGGCGUCCUUCUACGGCCAGCAACAGCAGCAGCACCCACCAAUGACAUACUACAAUCCCGGAACCAACCCUGCCCAGCCAUCCAACACGGCCAGCUCUUCCAACAACAGACAGAACAGGCCACAGCCAACCGUGGCGACCAACUCGAACCCGAACCAGUGGCAACAGGACCGGAGGCAGCAGCCAUACCGCCCGUCCAAGCUCGUCAUUCCGUCGCCCCUCGGCCCUCUUCAUACCGAAAACCCCGAUUGGAAGACCAGCUACGAUUCCAACUGGGAGGGUCGUCUUGCGUCGGACAGCGGCUGGCCUAGGAACGUCCCACCCGGCGCUUCGAGCAUCGUGCCAACGCCCGUCACGGCCCGCGCGCCUCUCGCACCCAACACCCCGGCACCCCGCCCAAGCUCCGACUAUGAGACACGCACUGUGUCAGUCCGGCGUGGCGGCAGUCGCCCGAGCCCGGCCAACGGGGCACCUGGCGCAGCCACGCCCCUCGCGACGUACCCUUCCCGUCACCCACAGCGGCGGGGGACAGCAGAGAGCACGAGUACCGAGUUUGCCACGCAGCUCGCGCGCGCAACGUACCCUGCUGCCGGUCAAGGGCGACAAGAGAUCAUGUCUGACGGCCCAGAGCAGGAUUUCUCCGAGUUUGGCGCCCUGGGCGACCCGUAUAGUCGCCAGCGGCAACCCCAGCAGCGUGAGUAUGAGCCCCAGCCUCGCGGGCCACCAUUCUACGAGAACGGGGCGACGAACAAACCCAACCCACCUCCGACUCGGCGGCGUGAGCCGUCGUGGGUGUCGAUCGACUCUGAGGAGGAGCUACGGCCCCAGGUCCGCCCCGGGCCUGAAUCCCCAUACUCGCCCGUCCAUCGCCCCGCACCGAACCAUACGCCGUCGUCGCUCCCAUGGGACAGGUCUAAGCGUCCCACCUCGGCGGCGUCGUGGGUGACGGUCGACUCGGUGGCCUCGGGCGGCGUGGCGAGCCGCUCUCCCCCGAUUCCGGGCCGUGCCCCCGAGCCGUGGCGCGACCACACGCACACGUCGAGUCAGGACUGGAUCCCCCAGCCCCAGCGUGCCCGUCCCAUCUCGCGCCACUCGAUGGACCAGGUCCCCACUGCUCAGGUGGCCGCCUCGGGCUCGGGCCGUAGAGAGUCCGAGCCCGCUGCCCUGCCGAUCGGGUUCCGUCAGCAGCCACUGGUGCGCCGUGACGAGCCGAAUGCAAGGCUCAGACGCGACCUGUCCAUCGACAGCACCAUCUCCCUCCCUCCCCCUCCGCCACCUUACGGAACAUGA